UGUCUAUAAUAAAAAAGAAACGUCUGGUGCGCGUUGAACUUCAAUCAGUGCGCGUGAGUUUAUACAAGUACGCUUUGGAUUUUCAGUCGCGUGCUUGAGAAAAUCAAACAACGCGUGAUAAUUUAAGGGGGAUACCCAGUGAAAUGCACUUAUAAAUGGCAUUUCUUACGGGUUGUGACGUAGCCCGUGUGCGCAUACUUUCCAUAGUCUUGACGCAGUGUUUGUUGUGACAGUAUGAGAAGGAGGCUGAGCACCUCGGCUGCACUGUUGCAUGCACGUCGAGUAGUUAAUUAUUUUACCGCAUUCAACUGCAGUUCCCCUCGACACACACAUACACACACUGGCAGAGAGAGAGAGAGAGAGAGAGAGAGAAAACGGAAUCAAGCUGAACGCGAACGACACCUGUGCUGUGUGGAAUAGUUUCCCUAAAAUGUCUGUUGAAAACGGGAAUAUCGUCUCCGCGGACUGGGAAAAUGCGCCAUGCCGUCUACUUUAAAGAAAUUAUUUGAAACACAAACGGAGUGGAUCGUACAAUCACGCUCGGACAACUAAACAUCAUCUGAAAAGUAAAAUCUAAGCCUUCGUCGCGAAUUUGUUUAACACUGCGUGUGGACAGAUCUUUUUCCCCUCCCAAGCAAGCGUUCUCUCGUCCGAUGGAUUUUUGCCUUUGUGGCUCAGCAGAGGGUGUUAGAUCCACCAGCGAGCGCCAGGGCGAAAAGUGCAGAGUCGUGUUUGUGCUUAGAAAACGUUCAGCGACACUCGACGGAGUCUGGGAAAGGAACCUAAAGAUUUGCGGUUUUAUCCGACGGCGAUGCGUUGCGCUCAGCGCAGGUGCGGGGUGUGAUUUCAGCACCACGGGAGGAAGAACAGCUCCCGCGCCGCGCCGCGGAUAUGUGAACGCGCAAGGUCAGUGAUUUCUAUGCUGAAAAGCCAGAUCAGUGAGAGAUGCUUUAAGGUUGUUUUGCGAGCAUGAGACGGGAAAGUGAUCCAAAAGCUUGGUCGAUUUUUCUUAAUCCCCGUCUUGGCAUAGCAAGCUGAGCAUGGAUGUUAUCAGAGAGUGCCCUCUGCUUUUUUAGACUGGAGAUUUAUCUCGCUUCUUCCCCCUGCCGCUGAUCGCAUUCAUGUCUUGAUGUCGGGGAUGAUUUUGGCGUAUUGAAAAUGCUGCUUUGGAUUGUGUUACUGAAGGCGGCUCUUUGUGUAGCCACUGGAAAUGUUACAAGGGACGUGUGCAAGGAGCAGAUCUGCUCGUGCAAUGCAAUAGAAGGCGAUUUGCACAUUGACUGCGAGAAAAGAAGCCUCACGAAUCUGCACCAUUUGACGGGUCCGAGCUCUCAGUUUUAUCACCUACUGCUUCAUGGGAAUUCUCUGUCCAGGCUGUUUCCGAACGAGUUCGCUAACUUUUACAAUGCCGUGAGCUUGCAUUUGGAGAAUAACGGCUUGCACGACAUCGUGCCGGGUGCUUUCUUGGGACUGCAGCUAGUCAAGCGGCUGCACAUCAAUAACAAUAAGAUACGGUCUUUCAAAAAGAGUACGUUUCUUGGUCUGGACGACCUGGAAUAUCUCCAAGCUGACUUCAACCUUUUGAGGGACAUUGACCCGUCCGUGUUCAGGGACCUGAGUAAGCUUGAAGUUUUAAUCUUAAACGACAACCUUAUUAGCGCGCUUCCCAUCAACGUGUUUCAAAACGUCCCCAUUACGCAUCUCGAUCUGAGAGGGAACCGAAUAAAAACGCUGCCUUACGAGGGGAUUUUAGAGCAGAUACCUGGGAUCGUGGAGGUUUUGUUGGAGGACAACCCUUGGGAUUGCAACUGCGACCUGGUUUCACUAAAGGAAUGGCUGGAGAACAUCCCGCAGAACGCGCUUAUCGGAAGGGUCAUUUGCGAGGCGCCCACUCGACUGCAGGGGAACGACCUGAACGAAACGGCGGAGACGGAAUUGUGCCCUUCAAAGAACGGCAUGGAUUCGAGUUUGGCCGCUCCCCCCACCCAGGACGAGACGCCCGAUGGAGGGCCCCAUCCGACCCCAUCUAAAACGAGCGGGGUAACCGAGUCCCAUAAAGCCGGGGGAGGGCAUAAUAAGGAGCGUCCGAAAGCGAGAGAGAAUUGGCGAACGAAGCCCACAGCAAUGGCAAGUGGGGCGGUUGAAAGAGAGCCACCGUCCAAUGCCACCUGUCCACAGUCUUGUAGUUGUAAACUAAUUGGAACUAGACAAGGUCUCGGGGUAAACUGCGAGGGCAAAAAAAUAGAAAGCGUGGCUAAUCUCAAACCGAAACCCCUGGGCGCGCACGAGUUAAAUCUGCGCGACAACAAUAUUCACAACGUGAAAAGAAACCAGCUCCGGGGCUAUAACAGCUUGAAUUUGCUCGAUUUGGGUGGAAAUAACAUCAAAGGGAUCGACAAUGGCACUUUUCACAACCUGACCGAGCUGAGGUGGCUUUACAUGGACAAAAACUAUUUGGAUAUCUUAAUGGCGGAGAUGUUCGUUGGACUUCAAAACCUGGAGUAUCUCAGUAUGGAAUAUAACGACAUACAGCUCAUAAUGCCGGGCACAUUCAGUCCUAUGCCCAAUUUAAGGGUCCUCUUCUUAAACAACAAUUUGCUUAAAGCCCUACCCGUGGAUGCGUUCUUGGGCGUCUCGUUGUCCAAAAUAAGCUUGCAUAACAAUUAUUUCACAUAUCUCCCUGUGCAGGGUGUCUUAGACCAACUCAACUCAAUUAUCCAGAUCGAUUUGCACGGAAACCCAUGGGAAUGCUCGUGCAAAAUUGUCCCUUUUAAACAGUGGACAGACAAGCUCGGGGCAGAUGUCAUCGUGAGCGACCUGAAAUGCGAAUCCCCGGAGAGCUUUUGGAAAAGGGAUUUCCGACGUAUUAGAAACGAUCUGAUGUGCCCCGAGCUUUACGAAAAGGUCUCCCCCACCUCCCUGUCAAAAAACAGCACUUUGUCCUCGGAUACGGGCACGCGCCCCAACUCCUACCUAGAGCCCAGCAGAGUUUCCAUUUCAGUACUGGUGCCCGGUUUGCUAUUGGUUUUCGUGACGUCCGCCUUCACCGUGGUGGGAAUGCUGGUCUUUAUACUGCGCAAUCGAAAGAGAUCGAAACGGAGAGAUGGGAACUCUUCUGCGUCAGAGAUCAAUUCAUUACAGACAGUUUGCGACUCGUCUUAUUGGCACAGUGGCGCGUAUCACGCAGACGGGCCCCAAAGAGGGUAUGACUGUGGCGCGCACUCGCUCUCCGACAAAUGAUGCGCAAAAUGCGCAAACAAACAAAUGCACUGCGUUGCGUACGCGCCAGCUAGAGACAACGAAAGUCCGGAAUCAUGUGGAAUCAUAAACACUAGCCUCUGUGGGAAAAUAACCUAUUUUUGUUCCCUUCAUUUGGUGAAAUACUGCAAUGGGCCCCCACUGUUAUAUAUGUAUAGAGUCUCUCUAUCUCCUUUCCCUUACCAGACUGCAAACAUGAUGAAAAGAGGACGUGAAACGGUGCACGAACGCAUGAAUGUAAUGUAAAUAAGGGACUGUAAUAUAUCUGCAUGAUUCGCAUGGUCUCAACACACACUGGGAACCAUUACCAUAGUAACAAGGAAAACCGACCCUUCUUUCGUCUUAUCAAUAUAUAUAUAUAUAUAUAUAUAUAUAUAUAUAAAUAUAAAACUAUAUAUAUGACUAUAUUAAAAGUGCCAUUUCUUCUAUUUUUGGUCGGUUAGACUUUGUAUUUGCUGUUUUAGUUCUCUUUCUCAAAGGAGGGAAGGCAGGUGACAAGUUGGAGAUGAGUUGUAAUUUUGCAUGUAAUUUUCUGUUUUAUUAGUUCACUGGUUGGUUGGCUAUUUAUACUUCUUUCGAGCAGAUUUCUCAUGCUAUCUGCCCAGUCAUCUCCUUUAUGAAUGUAAAAUGUGAUUAUCUUAUAGUGUGCCAACUGUUGACAUAUUGGGGAGACCAAUUUUGCUGCGAAAACUCAAUGUAGCGCCAGUGGUUCGUGAUCUUGUGUGUUGAUGGAUGUAGUCUGUGGGUAAAGGAGACCACAAGGAGAUUUUCACAGAACUUUCGAGUCCGAUGGGUCGCAGAGUGCACAUAAACUAAGAUGCCUUCAUUUUAAUUUAUUAUGAUGAUUAUCAUUUCUAGGGGAAAAGGUAUUCCUUCACAUUAUUAUUAUUAUUCACUGUAAGUAUUGUGAGCUUUUGUAAAGCCAUCUAUUUUGUCCAAAAAGGGAAAGCUCUGGUACUUGAUGUGUCCUUUAAACUGGACGCAAAGGUGUACAUAAUGUGAAAAACAGAGCAGAGGCACGUCUGUGCUUUUUACUGAUGUCAUUACAGCAGACUGACGUAGAUUGAAUAGUCGCCUCUAGAUGUCGCUGUUGCCUCUUAACCAUGAUGGGAGGUGAAGUUCUCCAAUUUGUGUAGGCCAAGCAAGACCUGCUUUCACAUUAUCAACAUAACUAGGCCUAAGCGAGUCACUGUGAUGGCUAACGCUCCGAGUUUGCAAUCGUACAAGGAAAUGAGUUGUGCAGUCUUUCCAAAAUGCCAUUUUUACAAACAAGGUGCAGGUUGCGGGGCAAUACAUCUUACUGCUAGCAUUUAAAUGUCACUGUUGAUAUGCUCUGAGGUUCCACUGUAAUGAUUUUACAACAAAACAACAUGAAUAGAGAAUCAUGCCGUCCUCAUAAAGAAAACCAAGGCUUGACAUUUUACUGCUCACUUUCCAUAAACCGAACUCCGAUGUAUCAUUUAUGUUUUUUAGAAAUAGAUUAAAGAUCUUGGCUCUAAUGGAUGGUUACUUUCAAUAGUUUCUUGAAUAAGAUUGUUU